AUGACCUUCUACUCAACCAAAGCCCAGACAACCCACUGUCAGCAUUACCAGGACAAAGUCCCAAACCACACUGGGGCUGACUUAGCCCUGAGUGAUAUCUCAGGCAAUGACAAGUUCCAAAGGAACUCUCUGUGUGCAGAAACAGAAGGAGCUCGAAUCACUGCAGCCCCAGAAGCCCUGAGGGACAUCUGGGAAGUCCAGAGCCCAUGGAGCCCAAGAGCACUUGGAGAGGUGGCCCCCCACAAGCAUGCAGGAAACCCUACGGUCUGCCUGGGAUUCUGCCGGGGUGGAAGAGCUAUGGACAAAGGUGACACAGUGACUGUCUUCAGGGAGCCUGUGUCCUACCAGAGGACACAGGAUGAAGAUGGACAAGCAAAUAGCAGGUCAUUUCAGAGGGACAGGGGCUGUUCCACUGGCUGCCAGCCAGCCUGCUCCGUGCCUGUCUGCUGCAAGCCCAUCUGCUGUGUGCGUCCCUGCUGCCGCCCAGCCUCCUGUGUGGCCCUGCUCUGCCGCCCAGCGGGCACCGUGGUGACCGGCUGCCAGGCACUCUGUGGAGCUGGCAGCGGCUCCCCCUCAUGCUGUGUGUCCAGCCCCUGCCAGUCCACCUGCUGCCAGGCUGGUCCCUGCACCCAACACAGCUGCUCCACCAUGGCAGAAACCUGCUUUUCUGGGCCCUGUGGUCCCAUGUCCUCAGCUGUCUCCGUCUGCUCCAGUGACGUGAGCUGUGACAGCAACGUCUGCCUGCCCGGUUCGUGCACAGGCUCCUCCUGGCAGCUGGACGACUCCGAGAGCUGUUGUGAACCCAGCUGCUGUGGCCCCUCCUGCUGCCCAAACCCCUGCUGCACGCCAACCUCCUGCCUGACCCUGCUGUGCCGCCCAGUCUGCUGUGUGCCCGCCACCUGCCAGACAGCCUGUGAACCCAGCCCCUGCCAGUCUGUCUGCACCUCCUCCUGCUCACCAUCAGGUUGCCAGCAGUCCUGCUGCCAAGACCCUAGCUGCUCUGCCUCCCCCUGCUCAGUGCAGUCCUGCUACUGUGUCCCUCUGUGCUGCAAGCCCAGCUGCUGCAUCGCCCUGCCUGUGUGCUGCAAGCCCAGAUGCUGUGUGACCACAGCCUGUUGUCCAGCCUCCUCCUGCUGCCAGCCUAGCUGCUCACCCUGCUCCUCUGUGUCCCUCAUCUGCAGGCCCGUGUGCAGCCCAGCUGCCUGCUGUGUGCCUCUCUCUUGCUGCUGCGCCCCCUCCUGCUGUCCAACCUCCACCAGCUGCCGCCCUGCCUUCUGCCUCAUCUGCCGGCCCACCUGCUGCAAGGCCGCCUGCUGCACUGCCACCUGUGGCCAAAAAUCCUGCUGCUGA